AUGCCCUCAUUCCUAUACUCCCAGCUGUUCGUCCGACCAAAAUACCCGACCACCUCAUUCGCCGGCAAGACUGUGAUUGUAACGGGCUCCAACACCGGCCUCGGAAAAGAAGCAGCACGCCACUUUGCACGUCUAGGCGCGUCCAAAGUCAUCCUCGCCGUGCGCAACACCAAAGCCGGGGAAGCGGCCAAACAAGACAUCGAAUCAACCACACACUGUGCCUCAGACGUAGUUGAGAUAUGGGCGCUCGACCUCUCUUCAUUUGAAUCCGUAAAGGCCUUCGCAGAACGUGCAACCAAGAAUCUAUCCCGCAUCGAUGUCUUACUUGAAAACGCCGGAAUCGCUGUGGCCAAGUACGACGUCGCCGAAGGUCACGAACGAACCAUCACAGUCAACGUGAUCAGCACGUUCCUGUUGGCGUUGCUCCUCCUGCCCAAGCUGGAAGCAACUGCCCAAAAAUUCAACACCCAGCCACACCUCACGAUCGUGUCGAGCGAGGUGCACGGCCAUUGCAAAUUCCCCGAAUGGAAAGCCGACAAUACCUUCGCCACCCUCUCCAGCAAAGAGACUGCUAACAUGGACGAGAGGUACCCAGUCAGCAAAUUGCUGGAAGUGCUGGUCUGUCGUGCACUGGCUCCCAAACUGGACGGAACGGGCGUCAUCCUCAAUUACCUCAAUCCUGGACUAUGUCAUUCGGAGUUGUCGCGCGAGGGACCCUUGAUGCUGGAGGUGCUCAAGUUCUUCCUGGCCAGAACUGCUGAAGUGGGGAGUCGGAUUUUGGUCGCUGCCGCCGUGGCCGGGCCUGAGUCGCAUGGCAAAUAUAUUUCUAACGGCAUCGUCCUGGAGGAAGACCUGUCGCCCUUUGUCAAGAGCGAAGAUGGGAAAGCUGCCUCGGAGAAGAUCUGGAAAGAGUUGACGGCCAUUCUGGAGGAGAUCCAGCCUGGUGUUACUGCGAAUGCUUUGAAAUAG